UAAAACAUUUUUGUCCUCUCAGAUUCCCAGGUGAUCCAGCGUCAGUUAUAUUCAAAGUAGAUACCGACUGGUAAACAAUUAACAAACAAAAUGGUUCAAGCUUGGUACAUGGAGAUCACCAACGAGACUGACUUCAGGCAGCCCAACAAGACAAACCCUCCCAGGCAUGUCACCCUUGAAGAGCUCUACGAAAAGACGGGAAUGGAAUGCAUUUCUAUCGACGCCAACUCGUGGCAGACAAACCAAGAGUAUGCAAAUCUGAAGGUAGAAAGGGGCGUCACCUCCGAGGAUGUCGUGGAACUAUCAAGAGUCAAACUGGACAACUUCGAAGAACGGAUGAAGAGAUUCUUCGUUGAGCACAUCCACACCGACCCAGAGAUCCGCUACGUGGAGGCUGGCAGCGGCUACUUCGAUGUGAGGGACCGGGAUGAGAAGUGGAUCAGAAUCUGGAUCCAACAGAACGACUUGAUCAUUUUGCCCGCCGGAAUCUAUCACAGAUUCACACUGGACACAAUUAAUGAUCACAUCAAGCUGCAGAGACUGUUUCUGGGAAACCCUGCCUGGGAAGCCAUCAACAGACCGGAAGCAGAUGCCCAUCAUGUGCGGAAACAAUACGCCAUGAAAAUGGCUCCUGCCUACUGAUGAAUCUGAACAAAUCUCUUGAACAAUGUGAUAUUGCUUUGGUUUGAACUCGGGGAAGUUUUCUGCUGACCGAUCUCCUUGACAGUCGGCAGUGGUAACUUUUUUUGGUGUUGAACACAAAACGUACAACUUCGGAAAGCUAGGAGAUAAACUAUUUGUAUGUGUUCACUUCCGAGACUUCAUUUUUUAAAAAGUUUACAUUUGAGAAGCCUUAAAUUCUGUGCACUCUUCAUAGGUAUACGUCAGACUUUUAAAGAGAAAGUUGGUUAUCCCUUCAAAUAAAAAUAAGGCUGAAAAAUGUGUCACUUUGUAUAUUUGUACAUAUUAUUACAUUCUUGGGGGGGGGGGUAAGGACACACAAAGAUUGCAGCUUUACCCUAAAGGCGGGGUUUUUAUUUAUUGAUUCUACCUACUGGUACUAUAACCGAGAAAAAAUAAUUGUCACGUUACCGGAGAUCUGUUGGUUGCUGUUAAACGAUUGAUUUUUAAAAAUCUUAACACGACAGGAAAAAAGAAUCUAUAAACUUAAACGCCAUAACCACUUCACGUCAAUAGAAAGAGUACAGAAAUAUAUCUUGAUAUUACCCAGCUUCUCAGAGACAGCAGUCGUGAAUCCAAAUAUUCAGGAAUAGAAGCUGUCGCCUUGUUGUAUCGCCGAGGGAUCUGGCUCAUCAGAGUGUGUGACGUCAUAUUCGUUGGGAACAAUUAGUCUUCCAAGUUCCCGGGUUGCCUUGCCAAUAAGUCUUCAGAACUGGUGAUGAGUUUUUACGACGUUGUUGAUGAAUCAAGAAGAAGGGUUGUGAUGAGGAUGUUGUAAAUAAACUGUAUGAAAUAUAA